AUGGACAGAACGGAGACUAGGUUCUGUAAGAGGGGACAGAUUAUGGGAAAAAUCAUGACCAGCCGUCAACCGCACUCCCAGAAUGAGCAGAGUCCCCAGCGGAGCACCUCGGGGUACCCCCUCCAGGAGGUGGUGGAUGAUGAAGUGUUGGGACCAUCAGCCCCUGGGGUAGAUCCCAGCCCCCCAUGUAGGUCCCUUGGCUGGAAAAGGAAGAAGGAGUGGUCAGAUGAAUCUGAGGAGGAGCCAGAGAAGGAGCUCGCCCCUGAGCCUGAGGAGACCUGGGUAGUGGAGACGCUGUGUGGGCUCAAGAUGAAGCUGAAGCAACAGCGAGUGUCACCCAUCCUCCCUGAGCACCACAAGGACUUCAACAGUCAGCUUGCCCCUGGGGUAGAUCCCAGCCCCCUGCAUAGGUCCUUUUGCUGGAAAAGGAAGAUGGAGUGGUGGGACGAAUCUGAGGAGUCGUUGGAGGAGGAGCCACGGAAGGUGCUCGCCCCUGAGCCUGAGGAGAUCUGGGUGGCGGAGAUGCUGUGUGGCCUCAAGAUGAAGCUGAAGCGACGGCGAGUGUUGCUCGUGCUCCCUGAGCACCACGAGGCCUUCAACAGGCUGCUUGAGGAUCCUGUCAUUAAAAGAUUCCUGGCCUGGGACAAAGAUCUGAGGGCGUCGGACAAGUAUCUCCUGGCUAUGGUCAUAGCGUAUUUCAGCCGGGCCGGCUUCCCCUCCUGGCUAUACCAACGCAUUCAUUUCUUCCUGGCUCUCUACCUGGCCAAUGACAUGGAGGAGGAUGACGAGGACUCCAAACAAAACAUCUUCCACUUCCUGUAUGGGAAGAACCGCUCUCGCAUACCCUUGCUUCGUAAGCGUCGGUUUCAGUUAGGCCGUUCCAUGAACCCGAGGGCCAGGAAGAACCGCUCUCGCAUACCCUUGCUCCGUAAGCGUCAGUUCCAGUUACGCCGUUGCAUGAACCCGAGGGCCAGGAAGAACCGCUCUCAGAUAGUCCUGUUCCAGAAACGUCGGUUCCACUUCUUCUGUUCCAUGAGCGGCAGGGCUUGGUUUCCCCGGAGGAGUUGGAGGAGAUCCAGGCUUAUGACCCAGAGCACUGGGUGUGGGCGCGAGAUCGCGCUCGCCUUUCCUAGAGCUCCAGGGACCGUGGAGGCCUGAGGUCAUCGGCCUGAGAGAAGAACACCGGACCCAGGGGAGAUGUGGAUUUUCAGCAGGAACUUUAUUCCAAUGCUAAUGGCAGACACCAGGAAGGAGGAGAGGAACCAUUUGUGCAGAUCAUCUAGAAGAACCUGGACCAUUCUUGAUGGAGCUGAAUACAGUCAUCACGUUGUCCUCCUAGGAGCAGGGGUGGGGGGAGGGGGGUGGGGUCCUUCUAGGAGUCCUUGGAGAAAAGUAAGAAACCAGGAGUGUUUCCAGUUCCACCCUUUCCUGCGGCACCACCUCCCUUUUUAUAUUGCUGAAUUCCAACCUCCCUGGGGCGGAACCUGGAGGUCCUGUUUCUUACGGACUUGGCUGCCACAGUCCAGGAGCAUUUGAAGGCACAAUGCAGGGGCUCAGAUUGGCACAGAAUUCUUUUGUGAAAUAUCAGUGCCACAGAUUGUAACAGAUAGCUUCAUGCACACUCUGCAUUUUAUUGGUUUGUUUGGAAAAUGUCGGCCAUUGAAUUAUUCAUAGAUUUAUUUCAAAUAGUUUGGAAAUUGUUGUACUUUUG